CAGGAGGACGGCCCAGCCCAAGAGGGCCUGUCCCCGCUGCCCCGGACGGCGGCGGACGGGGCAACCGCCGGCCGGGUCUGCAUGGGGCUCCCGCGCGGCCCGCUCUUCUUGCUGCUGCUCCUACUCGCGGCGGCCGGCUCGGGGGUCCUCUUCGCCCUGUUCUCCGCGGGGAGGCCGUACCCGGGGCCCCGGUCCCGAGCCAGGAACACCACAGCGUCUCAAGCAUUCUCUGGACCCAAGGCAGCGAAUCCUGGGACGAGAAAGAGCGGGCCCUGCCGACACCCACUUUCUCUCGCCAUUCAGCGGCACGCCCACUUCCGGAGUCUGUUUGAUUUCUCCAUUCCAGUGCUGUUGUCAGGGGACCUCUUCACCCAGGAGCUCUGGGACAGCCUCAGCCAGCACAAAGCCCCCUACGGCUGGCAGGGGCUCUCCCGUCAAGCCAUCACCUCCACCCUGAGCCUUCUGAAUGGCUCGGAGAACGGCCAGCUGUUUGUCUCCAGGGAGCGGCUUCCGGACUGCGUCCGGUGUGCCGUGGUGGGUAACGGAGGUAUCCUGAAUGGUUCCCGCCAGGGUCUGAACAUCGAUGCCCACGACUACGUGUUCAGACUCAAUGGCGCUGUGACCAAAGGCUUCGAGGACGAUGUGGGCACCAAGACGUCCUUCUACGGUUUCACUGUGAAUACCAUGAAGAACUCCCUCAUUUCCUACUGGAAACUGGGCUUCACCUCUGUGCCACAAGGACAGGUGAGGCCUCUGCUGGGCGUGUCGGCCGCUCUGUCCACUUCUUCUCAAAAUAGGCCUCAGACCUAUUUUGGACCAGAAGCCUCCGCCAGUCAAUUCAAGCUACUCCAUCCAGACUUCAUCAGCUACCUGACAGAGAGGUUUUUGAAAUCAAAGUUGAUUAACACAAAUUUUGGAGACCUAUAUAUGCCUAGUACUGGGGCCCUCAUGCUACUGACAGCUUUGCAUACCUGUGACCAGGUUAGUGCCUAUGGAUUCAUCACAAGCAACUACUGGAAAUUCUCUGACCACUAUUUCGAACGAAUCAAGAAGCCACUGAUAUUCUAUGCAAACCACGAUCUGUCCCUGGAAGCCGCUCUGUGGAGGGACCUGCACAGGGCUGGCAUCCUCUGGCUGUACCAGCGCUGACCCCAAGGCACCCAAGCCCUUUGUUCUUGCAGAGCUGUGGCCCGCAUACCCUCAAGUGGCCACAACCGCCCUGUCUUCUCAACCCAUGAGGGGCUCCAAGUCCCUUGACUCAUCCCCUCCCUACAGAUAUUGAGGUGGAUGUGACUGUCACGGAAGCCUGUUAUGAGACCCCCCUUGUUGUCCUUGGCUCAUCAAAGAAAACCCCCCUCUGGGUCUGAGACAGACACCCAGGCCUUGGUCAAGGAAAAAUGGAUUGCUCUGCUGGAUUUGUUUUAAAACCGAAGAUAACACUCCCACGAUGUGACUGUGACCCUCACCAGCAAGGGGCAGGCUACUUCAGAUCUAAGCAUCUCAAAAACAGCAGGCGGUCCUGAGUGACUUCAGCAAGUCGGCAGAACGGCUCAGUUCAAGACCAAACGUUAGUCACACACUCCCCAGCCAAAACCUUCCCACUAGCAUGUACAGCCCAACGCAAACUCCAAGGCAGUUGAGACACAUCUUAACCUGAAAACAUGACUAACUUACUUGUGCCCCAUGAUAAAGUGGGAGCACAGCAGGCAGACUGUAAUUUGAUACUAGGUAAUUGCAUAAAGGAUGGAGACCA